UUGCGAGCCGCUAUCUCAUCCUUCUAACGAGCGACAUGGGGUGAGCGCGUCAAGGUACUGUCACUCGUAAGUCCCCCUAUACACGAUGGUAUUCUUUGCGACGUGAAUGUGUUGUGUUGUGUUGUGCGUAUGUAAUGCCCCCUCGCGGGACUGUGGGAUUGUGCUUGUGCUUGUGCUUGUGCUUGGUAAUGCACGAGUGUAUGGGCCAGCGGUAGCGGGAUUGUCGCCCAGGGCUAAUGUGCGGGACCUUGAGAUGCCGUACCCACCGACACACGCUAAAAUUCCGAGAUCUCACUCGAGCGAGUUAGGGCAGGGAACGAUGCAAAUACAAUACAGAAUAACAACCACCACAAUAUCUUGCAUGUACUGUACUGUACUGUGGAUAUGUAAGGAAAUGGUCACGGCUAUGCAGAGACAACUCCGCCCCCUCAGCGCGGCAGCGAAGGAUGUGGAUGUGGAUGGAUGUGGGCGGAUGUGCAUUCGUCUGACUGAGCCAUGCCCUUAAUGCGAGGCCGUGCAAAGCAGGGGUUGUGGGCGGGUAACGGAAGCAACAGAAACAUGCGGCCACGCCCGCGUCAAGCGCCGUUAGGAUGCGCAAAAUGCACAUGCAAAGGCAAAGGAGAGACGGGCUUUUCGGAUUUACCGUGCUGAACCAUCAAACUCCGCCCGACGUGCAAAUUGCUCGUAUGGCUCAAAUUCCAUAGCCUCACGUGAAGGAGAACGACAGGUGUGUGGGCCACCACACCGAAUA